AUGUCAGGCUCUCAGCCACGCCCCAAGCGGGCAGGUGAAGACUUCGCGCGCACCCACCAUAUCGAAGACGACCCCGAUGGCCCCUCGCAGAAAAAGCCCCGAUUCGACUUGCGCAAUCCCUCCGCUUUGGCACCAGACGCCUUGGACGACGACCAGUUUUUAGAAGCGGACGAGAUCGGCCGGCGCGGCCAGCAAGUGCGUCGCAAAGCUGUCAACCUCGACGGCUACGAAUCAGACAGCGACAACGAGGGUUUCGAUGCGCGACACGCCCACACCAAGACCACUCGCGAGGCGAAAGAUGGGGAUGACGACGACGACAUGUUUGCGGAGUUGAAAGAGGACUUUGGCGACGAAAACGCCGAUCAGACAGCAGAGAAGAAUAAGAAAAACGUGCGCUUUUUACAGGACGAUGAGAUCGAGGGCCAGGUCGCGUCCUCUAAAAGUGGAGGUACCUUGCAUGCGGAUUUACGCAACCCCGCCGCCGCCGCGAACCAAGACGAUAGCGAGAGCGAGAGCGAAAUCGGCGAGGAAGACCGCGCUAGGAUUGGCGACGAUAUUGAUGAAGAACUGGGCGCGGGAGCGAAGAAGAAGCAUGCGCCGUUAUUGGACGCCUUCAACAUGCGGGAUGAGCAGGAGGAGGGCAGGUUCGACGAAGCGGGCAACUACGUCCGCAAAGCUGUAGAUCCAGACGCUGUCCACGAUUCGUGGCUGGAGGGAGUAUCGAAGAAGGAUAUGCGGCGCGCCAGAGAAGCGGCCGAGAAGAGGGAGGCGGAGAGGAAGGAGAAAGACCGCAUGGAAGACAGCGUGCUAACGUCGGACGCCCUCAAGACCGUCAUACCGCUUCUACAACGAGGGGAAACCAUUCUAGAUGCCCUGGCCCGAAUCGGCAAGGGAGGAUCGAAGAAACCGAAAUGGCAAAAUAAACGAAACAAGAACCGGUCAAAACAGAACGGGGCGGAGGAUACGGAAAUGACCGAAGAGGAUCCCGCGGAGGUUGCUCGGAAGCAGACCAUCGACGCCCUUACGGGUGCGGCUGACAUCCUCAUGGGCAGGGGGAAUAACGAAAUCUAUGAUACCGAGCGUGAGAUCCUCACCAGACAAUACCGCCGAGAGACGGGCGAAGAAUGGGUGGAUCCACCCAAAGACAACACGAAGUUGUCGACAGCGGACGGCCAAGCCGCCACGAUGUGGCAGUUUCGCUGGGCGGAUGCCCGAGACGGCGGUGUUAUCCACGGCCCGUAUGAUAGUCCUACAAUGGCAUCGUGGAAGGAUGCCGGUUACUUUGGGGAGGGCGUGGAAUUCCGGAAAGCAGACGAGGGAGAGUGGUCCAGCACCGUGACUUUUGUAUAA